CAACUGAGUGGCUUUUGAGAUCUCACAUAAAUCAGAUAGAUUGGUACAUGUUUCUCAUUGCAUUCCAUCAGACACCAUAUCAAUACCACAGGUAAACUACAAUAGCAUCACCAUAACAGAACUAUUAGCACAACUUCACAAACAUAUCUCCAAGUAAAAGUAUAAUUCACAUAACCAAUAAUCCAACAUGAAAUCAAAUCUGAAUUAGGUUUAGAAUCCAACCUGUCCUUAUUAUUCUAAUGUGAUUAAGACUAUCUUGCUAUUAAUAAUCCUCCACAUGCAAAGGCAAGUUUUAAGCCUAGACUGCCUGGACGUAACCCUUUCACUUUCCUGUUCAGAUCACCAAUGUAAUGAAAUGCAACCAUAACUAAUUUGGUGUGAUGGUGGUUAGUGUGUCGCUGUCUUCCUCUGCAAAAUAGUAUUAUAAGUUUCAUACCUUCCUAUGGUCAUUCAAGAGGGACAAGGACAGUUUCUUUUCCUUCAAAGUAGUAUUAUAGUGAACUUGACAUCCGAUUUUGGAGCUCUCCACAGAAAAAUUGGAGCUUCUGCUGAUACCAACACCUUCAAAUAGUGAAUAUUGAUUAUUUCAAAGCAGAUAGGUCUUACCAUGUCCCUGGUACAUAUAGUGCCUUCACCAAUAUGCUUGAUUAAAAGGAAACACAUCAUAAGAACUGUUUUUUCCCAGAUAACAAUUGAUCAUUUGAUGUGUCACAGGAAAAUCUGCUCUGCUCUUAAGAGUGAAGUUUGCAACAUGGGAUUGGGUGUCAAAUAUGAUGUAUUAGAACAACAUAUGCUUUGUGUUAAGUAGUGAUCCAGUAGCUCCUCAUCACCAGCAUGCUUUUCUAGCAUAGCACCAAAAUUGGCCUGCCCACAUAUGAAUGUUAACCCACUAACAUCCAAGGAUAAGCAUUAAGAAACUCUCUUUUGAAAUAAGAGUGUUUAACCAAUAAUUUACUUUAGCUAAUGAGACAUAUUCAGACGAUGCAAUCAAAAAAUAGGUAGAUAAAGAAAACAAAAGAAGAGGAGUGUACUCUGACUUGAAUGCUAUUCCAUCUUUGGGGAUUCUGAGAAGAUGAAAGUAAUGGGGCAUGCGGAUAUAGUUGAUGAAAGUAAGUCUCUGUCUUGGUUGUUGCUGAUGAUGAUAAUGUUGCUGAAUUAAAUUUGAGAAGAGAUAUGCGAAUGCAAUCAACUUAAAUACAUAUUACACAAGAAA